UCCGCCAGCGGCCGGAAGUAGAAGCCCUAGAGUGGCCAUGGGGACGGGCGGGCGUAGGGGAACGCGGUCCGGGAAAAGCACGGAAGGCGCGGCGGCGGCUUCGUCCUCUUGCCUGUAUCGUUGUAUCGAGUGCAACCGGGAGGCCCGGGAGCUGUACCGGGACUACAACCACGGCGUGCUCAAGAUAACCAUCUGCAAAUCCUGCCAGAAACCAGUAGACAAAUACAUCGAGUAUGACCCUGUUAUCAUCCUGAUUAAUGCCAUUUUAUGCAAAACUCAGGCCUAUAGGCAUAUUCUUUUCAACACUAAAAUAAAUAUCCAUGGGAAGCUCUGCAUGUUUUGUCUGCUUUGUGAAGCAUACCUGCGGUGGUGGCAGCUGCAGGACUCAAACCAGAGUCCAGCCCCCGAUGACGUGAUCCGGUACGCCAAGGAGUGGGACUUCUACAGGAUGUUUGUGAUCGCUUCUUUCGAACAAGCUGCCUUUUUCACUGGCAUGUUUGCUUUCCUGUGGGUACAGCAGCCCAUGACAGCAAAAAGAGCACCUGACUUUGUCUUGCUGCUGAAAGCGCUAUUGCUGUCCAGCUACGGGAAGCUCCUGCUAAUCCCGGCCGUCAUCUGGGAGCACGACUACACACCUUUGUGUCUCAGGCUCAUUAAAGUGUUUGUCCUGACGUCGAAUUUCCAGGCAAUCAGAGUGACCCUGAACACCAACCGGAGGCUCUCCCUGUUGGCUGUGCUGAGCGGCUUGCUGCUGGAGAGCGUCGUGGUCUUCUUCUUCCAGAGGAUGGAGUGGGACGUGGGCAGCGACUGUGCCGUCUACAAGUCUCAGGAAGUCUGAAGAUCCUUCUCCUGGCCAGUGGCUGGGUCCUGUCCCCUGCCUGACACUUGGUGAAUGCAGGAGUAUGGCCCUCCAUCCGAUAUGCCUACACUGCAGCUGCUACUGGUUCUCUUCUAUAGAACGCCGCCAUGUUCACUCCUGAGGAGGGCAUCUCUCCACACUCCACCCUGGCGCUCCUACCCAGUUGGCACCUCACAGCAUCUGCCUUCCAGAUUCCUACCGAAGGCCACCCAGGGCUGUGCUCCCUCUGUGCUUCUGUGUAAUUCAUAGGCAGGAAGAUGAACUCAGGAGUCGUUAGAACCCACUACAGAGCCAGAGGCCUGCUGCCCUGUCAUGUGCUUCGUUCUGUCUUCUUAAAAUUACACUGGGGAGAGACCCUGCCUCGGGCUCCUCUGUGUCCUCCAUGGCUCCCAGCCAGCCUUGGAGCAGGGCUUCUGUGGUGAGCAGAAGAGCCCUACAAAGUCUUGCUCUGUGUCUACAGCUUUAUUCUUCACUCUCUGUGGCGGGAUCAGCUACCUCAAAAGAGAAGGCACAAGAGAACCCAGGACUCGGCUUUCUGUGAGUGAAGCCAAGACUGGAGGUUUCUGAACGUACCCAGAUAGCCCCAGGAAGAGCUCAACCAUCUAUAAGUAAGGCUGAGCGCACCCGGGCAGGCGCGCACCCGGGCAGGCACCGUGGUCUCAGCUCAGUACUUUAUGUCCUUUAAGUCUAAAUACUGCACUGUGGCUUUAAACCUGUGUGAAAACCUUUUGUGUUUUUCUGACAAAAGCACUUUUAAGUCAUCUUUCAGAAUAAAUCAAGAUUUUUAUAAAU